UAUGGCCGCUGAAAUUAAACAGGUUGUGUGGUAAAAUUUUGCAAACCGAUCUAUUUCAUUUUCUCUGCAUAAUGGGUCGAAUGAGUAGAUAUAAGAAGAUAAAAUCGUGUGACCCAUUUUAUAAAGGACCGAAGAAGGAAAGCAAAGCAACCAGUGCUAAGUCGCUGGCAAAGAAAGAAAAACUUGGUGAACAAGGAAUGCCAAGAGCUGCAAAGGAUCUCAUGAAAAGACAGCUAGUAAUGAAGAAAACGGCUGUAAAGAAGAGAACUGUAAGAAAGCAAAAGAAAACAGCCCAAUCAGAAAUGAAAAAGUUUCAAAGAAUACCUGGAGAAAGCAAGAAAGAGUACUUUAAUAGGAUUGACCAAGAGGCCACUCAAGAGGUUGCAGAGGCUUUGAAAGCAUCAAGGAAGAUGAGAGAUGCAAGAAAAAAGCAUCUCAAAGACAGAAAGGAAAAGAUGAAAGAAAAGAAAAGGUUGUCACAGGAAAAUGCCAGCUUUGACCUCACAAAAGAUAAUGUACGGUUUGGAGAUGUUGUUAUGCAGCCUCCUUCCAUAACAGCAAAGCCAAGAAAAGCUGCAGAAGCAAACAAGGGAUCAAAGGCGCUGUUGUUGCACUCACUAAUCCCACAGAAUACAAAAGACACAAAUGUGCAGAAUAGGACUCCAGAUAAUUCUGGGAUUCCCAAAACCAAAAAACGUAAGCACAUGUCAGCUCUUGAGCAAGAAAAAGCUGACAAGGAGAGAGAACAUGCCAUCAUGGCCUACAGGAUGAUACGGAAACAACGUCUUCAAGAAAAGGAAGAAAUCGUGUGAAACAUUAGAGAAGGGGUGUGGACACCUCAGGUACAUUACCCUAAAGCAGGAUGUCUUUUUUUUCACAGACAAUUAUGGUCCGCACUGACCUUUUAAGAUGAUCAUACAAGAUGUAUUGGGAAAUAAGAAUAUGACAGAAAGAAUGGUUGUCUGUAACCAGAGAGAUGCACUUAUGGUUUAUUUGAGGCUGGUGUCACAAAGUUUACUUUCUCAAAUGUGAGGUCACAGAACAGAUGAUUAAUGGUGUUUAAGUCAGUGUGGUUGUUCACUGACAGUGAUGAAAAAAGAAAAAAGCGGAAAUUAAAAAUUCAGUCAUUUUGCCUUGAAUUGAAUCUUUCUUGGGCGAUCCACAUGAAGCUGUGUAGAUUUGCCCAAAGUUAAUGUGUGCAGAGAUCAAGAUCAGUAAGGCAAGCAAAAACAUUGUAUCC